AUGGUGGUAAGGUUUCUCCUCUCUGAAGCAAUCAUCAUUGGUGCUCUGGACCGCAACGACCUCGCUUUCUGGGAGACUCUUGCUUCUCAUUUUCGAGAGAAGCUUGACAUGAUGACGUCAUCUGCUUCGACUGCCACACCCAUGCGGCAUGCCUUCGAGUCACGGGUAUCCGAGGUGAAGUCGCCGAAGAGCGAUAUUAACGCCCUCAUUCUCGACUAUCUCACUAUGGAGGGAUAUCCGAUGGCGGCAGCGAAGUUCUCCAAGGAGGCCAACCUACAACCCCAGCAGGAGGGCGCUUCGAUUAAGGCGAGACAGCAGAUCCAGGAGCAUAUCCACAGAGGUGGUAUAAAACAAGCUAUUGAGGCGUUGAAUGAUCUUGAUCCAGAGAUUCUCGAUCAGGAUCCACGGCUCCAUUUCGCACUUUUGCGCCUCCAGCUUGUUGAGCUGAUUCGUUCGUGCGGAGAUGGCGAUAUCACUCCCGCUCUGAUGUUCGCAACGAACCAGCUAGGUCCUCGAGCCCCCAGCCAUCCAGAUUUUAUGGAACAGCUCGAAAAGACCAUGUCGCUCCUCAUCUUUCCUCACAACGAUUUGAAGCCGGAGCUUGCUGCUCUGCUCAACCCAAACCUCCGACGUGUCGUAGCUGAUGACGUGAACAAGGCUAUCUUAGCUCGACAGAACCAGCGUCGCGAAGCAGCUAUCCGCAAUCUGGUCAAGAUGCGGGCUUGGGCCGAGCAGACCGCUCGCGACAACAAGAAGGACAUCCCCAGUCGGAUUGACCUUGGAAUUCACGGCACUGAUAACGCUGAUGGCAUUUCACACGAGAAUGGCCAUGAGCCCAUGAUUACGAGUUAA